ACAUUUUGUGUGGAGCUUCAGUAUUGUGAGAAAUACAGAGCAAUAAUGAGUUAUUCCGGACACGGCUACUACGGCGGACCUCCACCACCUCCCGGGGGCUGGCCAGCUCCUCCUCCUGGUGGCUGGCCUCCUCCAUACCCCCCACAAGGUCACCCGCCACCACCGGACUACGGGUAUCCUCCUUCUCAAUACCCGCAACCUUACUACGUUCCUGGAACUAUGAUGGUGCCAGUAGCAGUACCACCGAUGCCGACGCCGGCGCCACCACCACCUGAUGGUGGCCAAUCGACGUACAUCACCAACUACAUCUACCACGGAGAGACGACGGUCACCCAGGGCGAUAACCAAGUGCAGGUUGUGGAAUCUUCGGGAGAAUAUGACUGGGUGCCCACUACCGCUAUGAUGGCGAGUUCUUUGACUGGAAGGGCAGUUGUCGGAGGCCAUGAAGGUUGGGAUGGAAGCCCACUCUUGAUUCGUGGCUGGCAUAACGGAGAUUUAAUGCCAGGUAAAUUGUCAGUGAGACACAACGCUGCAUCAGUAGUCUACGACGGAAAGGAGAUUUCAGUGCAAAACAUUGAAGUUUUGUGUGCUAAGCCUGAGAAUUUACGCUGGGUUCCUGCAUCUAAUGGUAAUGUACCUCCUGGAGCUAUUCCAGGUGGAAGAACUGCAUCUGGAGAGACGUUGUACGUUGGAAGGGCUCGAUACCAACUGUCGGUGACACCAGGAAAGAUCCACCCAAGCCACAAUUCCUGCUACAUCGCUUUUGCUGGACAAGAAGUGUCACACAAAAUGUAUGAUGUUUUGUGUAGGAUCAGCUGAACGACUGAAACUGUGAUUCUGAAUAUUAGCGUAAAUGUGAACAAAGACUGUAUGACGACGAAGAAACUCGUGUUUAUCAUCGGCUUAUACUUAUCAAUACAUUGUUAAUCGGAACAUCCGUUGAUAAGGUGGAAUAAGUGCUGGGUUUUGCCCUAAUCAUGCUAUCCAAGUAUGUUGAAAUAAUAAAAUUACUCGAUUAUCGAUAUAUCGAUCGAUAGUAGGUACCUCAGGAAAAGUAUUAUUGUUGAUGUCUCGUAAAUUGACAGGCAAAAUACAUUAUUGAUCUGUAAAGGAAAAAUAAACGAAAUAU